AUGGAUGGGAGAGAAGCAAUGGCAUUUCCAGGCUCGCAUCCUCAGUACUAUCUCCAAAGAGGAGCCUUCACAAAUCUCUCACCUUCCCAGGUCGCGAGUGGGCUGCACGCGCCGCCGCCUCCUCCGGGAAUGAGGCCAAUGUCAAACCCUAACAUCCAUCAUCCUCAGGCCAACAAUCCAGGGCCUCCAUUCUCCAUAGCUGAGCACAGACUCUCGGAUUUCGGACACAGCAUUCACAUGGGGAUGGCUUCUUCUGCAUCUGCUGCGGCGGUGCAGCCGCCUCAUCCGCAGCCGCCGCCUCCGAUGGAGCCACCGAUGGUUAAGAAGAAACGUGGGCGGCCGAGAAAGUACGCUCCUGAUGGACAAGUCUCCUUGGGGCUUUCUCCUAUGCCUUCUUCUGCUAGUAAUAAGUCUAAGGACUCCUCUGCAUUGACUGAUCCAAAUGCACCUAAACGAGCCAGAGGUCGACCUCCUGGAACUGGAAGAAAGCAACGCUUGGCUAAUCUCGCUUUCAUUGUUUCUAUUUCCUUUUCAUUUGAUUCGCAGGAUAUUGUCUCGAAAGUUCUGUCAUUUUCGCAGCAGAGACCUCGAGCUCUCUGUAUAAUGUCAGGCACAGGAACAGUUUCUUCAGUCACGCUGCGUCAACCCGCUACAACAGAGCCUUCUUUGACAUUCGAGGGACGUUUUGAGAUUCUAAGUUUAGGCGGAUCUUUUUUGGUGAAUGAAGAAGGUGGACACAAAAGUCGAACAGGCGGUUUAAGUGUCUCUCUUUCUGGUCCAGAAGGUCAUGUUAUUGGCGGUGGAAUCGGAAUGCUUAUCGCAGCCAGCCUCGUUCAGGUGGUGGCUUGUAGUUUUGUAUACGGAGGAGUUGCAAAGUCCAAUAACAGUAACAAGACCGUAAAACAAGAAAGUGAACCAAAGGAAGAGCACAACAAUAGCGAGAUGGAGAACACACCGAGUAAUGCACCAGAAGAAGCAGCAGCAGCAGCAGCACCGGCGUCUCAGCAGACACCACAGAACUUCUCAGCUCAGGCGAUGAGCGGAUGGCCCGGUUCAAGCUCUGGAUCAGUCUCAGGCUCAGGAAGAUCACUUGACUCUAGCAGGAACCUACUCACUGAUAUUGACUUGACUCGUGGUUAA